AUGCUUUAUGAGCUUUAUGAGCUUCAAGUUGCAAGACAGGCGAAAAAUGGACCGAACUAUGGAAGGGAGAUCGGUUCGUUUCAAGAAUAUGCACACGGUAUCAAAGGGAUUAUAUAUGCCGCAGACGAUAGUACGAUAUUCAUAAAAGGAUUCUCUUAUGAUGGAAGAGGUCCAGAUGCAUAUUUUUGGGUCGGCAAUAGUACAAGACCCAGCCCCGACGGUUACAUCGUACCAUAUCCCGAAGAUUACAAGGGCAGAGAUCCACCAGUAUUGAAGGCGUUCGACAAUGCCGAUAUUGUCUUAAGGUUGCCACAAGGGAAACGCUUGCGAGACAUUAAAUGGCUAAGCGUUUGGUGCAGAAGAUUUACCGUCGACUUCGGUGAUAUUUUCAUUCCAUUGGAUUUAGACGUACCAAAGCCUCGAGUUUUGCCUGAAUUUUCAAGACUGGCCCAUGGCCUUCGUAGCGGUAAUAUCAGCAUCCUUGAUAGCAAAACCAUCUACAUUCCCAAUUUGCAUUAUGACGGUGCUGGCCCAGAUGCCUAUUUUUGGGUUGGAAAUGGCUCCGAGCCACAUAUUUUGGGCGUUAAAGUACCCAACGAAGUAGGAAGUUUGGAACCUUUAAGAGGAUAUCAAGGGGAAGACAUAGAGAUUGUUCUCCCAGAUAAUUUGACCGCCCAUGAUAUCGACUGGUUAGCUGUAUGGUGCGUCCAAUACAAGCAAAACUUUGGACAUGUUCUAAUACCAAAGGAUCUCGACAUACCUCCUGCUCUUGGCCAAACGAAAAUCACGCCGCACUGGUGGUACAAACCGACGAGCAGUACGUCCGAACCGGCUACGUCCAAACAAGGAUUAAGCAAUUGCAAGGAGUUGCUCGAAGGACGUGUACAGGUGCAAUGGGAGUUGAUUGGUGACGACGUGCAGAUUCAAGUUUCAGGUCGUAUCAAGGAGGACCAAUAUGUAGCGUUCGGUCUAUCCGGUGAACAGGAUAAGCCUGAAAUGCUUGGUGGCGAUGUCGUUGUUGUAGCUUACAACAAGAAGACAGGGAAAUUUAUUGCCGAGGAUUAUUACAUGUCCGAUAUUUCUCAAUGCGAUGGGAAAAAGGGUGUAUGUCCUGACGAAAGAGUUGGUGGUAAAAACGAUGCUAUCUUUUUGCACGGUGAAAGAAGGAACGGCAUAACAACAGUAACUUAUAUGCGACCCUUACGCACGAACGAACCUGAAAAAGACAGAAUGAUUCCUGAAUCCGAGACCAGCGUAAUUGCUGCUAUUGGUCCUCUCAAUUCAAGGGGAGAAGCCAAUGCUCAUCAGGCUUUCGACGUGACUACCGAGGAUAUACGUAUCGACUUUACGUCGAAAAAUGUCCACGAGUGUACUAAUUCCCUAUACAACAUCCCCGACAUGUCUGACAUUGAACCCUGGCCACAAGCCGUGAUCGACAAUGAAAAUACCUUUAGUGCUAGGAUUGGACCAACCGGUGGAAUGAGAGGAUAUUCGCGUAUAACGGGUCAACCUUCGUGGGGUAUCGCGUGGUAUAUUAAUGAUCUAUUAAUACCAAAGAUCACUGUUGAAAGAGGAAAAGCUUAUACAUUUAUCGUAGAAGGUGGUAAUGAUCCUGCUAAUCCGGCCAGAUAUCAUCCAUUUUACAUAACCGACAGUCCUGAAGGUGGUUUUGGACAAAAAACUGAACCUCAACAAAGACAACAAAGAGUGUUUGCUGGUGUAGCAUAUGAUAAUGAUGGAUAUCCUUAUCCAACUGCAGCUGGUCGUUAUUGUGAAUGGGUUCAUAAAACGAUAGACAAAAGUAAAGAAUCUGAAACGUUCAAAAUCUUUUUCCAAACAUUAAGACUGGAAUGUGAUGAGGGUGAUCCUGCUAAACUCGAAUGGAUCGUACCGGCAGAUGCACCAGAUCUAUUAUAUUAUCAGUGUUACACGCACAACAAUCUCGGUUGGAAGAUAAACGUAAUCAACGCCGGUGAUAGACCCCAAAUAAAUGGAAGUGGCUUGAAGAAACAUGCUUCGACAUCGACAAUAAUAAUCGCCUUUAUCGUCGCCGUCGCAUUUGCGUUCUUAAGAUGAAUCAAAAACGAAUCAAUUUGCCGUUCCUUAUAUAUUUUCUUUAAGGCGUUAUUGCUCUCGUGGUAAUAAGAAUAAUAAUAAGAGAAAGAAAAAGAAAAAUAUAGGAAAAAUUCAUCGGAAUUAAUAAUGAAUAAUGACAAUAAAGCGGAUAAAA